AUGACGUCUAACACAAGAACCUUGGUGAAUGCUGCAUCAGGGGGAUUAUUGAAAAUAAAAACUCCAGAGGAAGCGUUGGAAUUACUGGAAUCUUUAGUUUGUCAGGAGUUCGACAAUGCUCCAGUCACUCAAAAGAGAGCGGGGAUCAUGAAGCUCGACGGCUAUGAUGCACUGUUGGCCCAAAACGAGCAAAUAUUACAAAUUAACAAGAGACAACAAGCACAACUUGAUGCUCUCACAAUGCAAUUUUCUAAUUCUCAAGUUUCUUCUAUUAAUAAUCCUCAUGUAACUUGUGGUAUAUGUGCAGGUACUCAUGCUACCGAAGAAUGUGAUUUGAUGAGAGCACCUGAAAUUGUUGAAGUAAACGGACUCUGGUAUAAUCAGAAGAACCAGAAUGAUCCGAGGAUGAACCAAUUUGGAAAUAACUACAGUCAAGGGUGGAAGAAUUGGAAUCAGCAUCUAGGAUUCAGUUACAAAUCCAACCAUCAGCUCAAUCAUCCCCUUCCAGUGCAACCACAUCCCCCACAACAAAGUAACACUUCUGAGUGGGAGAAAGCUUUUGCACAGUUAUCCAAGACCACUUCUGAUUAUAUUCAAGGUGCAAAUGCUUUCAGGGAAGAUACAUCAGAAUUCAUGCAAGAGACCAGAUUAGCACUUCAGAAUCAAGAAGCUUCCAUAAGAAAUCUGGAAACCCAGAUUGGCCAGUUGUCAAAGCAAUUUGCUGAGAGAGCCAAGGGUACCUUCCCAGGAGACACUAUCAUUAAUCCUAUAGAGAACUGCAAUGCAAUUACCAUAAGAAGUGGGGCAGUGAUUCAGCCUAUGGAGGAGCAGCCUGAAGAAAAGAAGAGAGAUGCGGAGGCAUCGGUUGAAGAAGAGAAUAAAGAAAAGGCAAAGGAUACUAUUGACGUUGACAAGAGCAAUCCUGAAAAAUUUGAACGGAAAUUAUUUAAGUGGGAGAAGAAGAAAGCUUUAAAAAGGCAAGACAAGCCCUUAGAUCUCUCCCCAGAUGCUCGAAUCCCUUAUCCUCAGAGAUUAAAGAAAGAGAUUCAGAAGCAGCAGUAUUCAAAGUUUCUAGACAUGUUCAGGAGGUUGCAAAUCAAUAUUCCUUUUGCCGAAGCUCUAGAGAACAUGACCAACUAUGCAAGGUUCAUGAAGGAUCUGUUAUCAAGGAAGCGUAAGUUGCGAGAAUGUGAGACGGUAAAUCUGACAGAUGAAUGUAAUGUUAUCAUCCAAAAGAAGUUACCCACCAAAGUCAAGGAUCCAGGGAGCUUCAGCAUUAUAGGCAAAGUGGAGGUGGACAACGUUUUAUGUGAUCUUGGAUAG